AUGAGCUCUCUUCGCUUCGCUCGCGCUGCUUUCCGGGCUCGCCCCUCCGCCCUUCGCGUUCCUCUCCAGCGCAGAGGUUACGCUGAGGCCGUCAACGACAAGAUCAAGCUUUCUCUGGCCCUCCCUCACCAGACCAUCUUCAAGUCCACUGGCGUUGUCCAGGUCAACAUCCCCGCCGAGUCCGGUGAGAUGGGUGUCCUCGCCAACCACGUUCCCUCCAUUGAGCAGCUCAAGCCCGGUCUCGUCGAGAUCGUCGAGGAGGGCGGUGCCAUCCAGAAGUUCUUCCGUACGUCCGACCGUCCCGACCCAACCCGUGUUGAUUGA